UUCCUGUGCGUGACGUCACGCGCUCCUCAGCAGCAACAGGCGUCAGCGCAAGAGCGGAGAGCGAGAGAAACAUCGCAAGCAACAAAUAAACACUUUGAACUGUAAUAAGAGACACUGGAAAGUCUCUUCCGCGUGAACAUUUGAUCGCUUCUGUGGGAAAUAAAACAAUAUUUGACAUUCGUGAUCGGUCGUCCGAUGUUCGCCAACAGAAACUCUCGCCGAUGGAAAGUUUGGGAAGGCCUCUGACGUCACACGCCUGGGCACUUGCUUUAUCUGAUAGGAACCUGGUGUUUGUCUCUUAAAAUCUUCCUAGAUUUAUAACUUUAGUAAAACAAUCAGCGAACAAUCACACAUUCCGAUCCGGCUGGCGAAGAUCCUCAGACGACGCGAAAAUGAUGCCGAUGUUCCUGACGGUGUUCCUCAGUAAUAACGACCAGCACUUCAGCGAGGUGCCGAUCACGCCGGAGACGCUGUGUGCCGAUGUGCUGGAGCUGUGCCGCGGCCCCGGGGACAGCAGCUGCUAUCUGGCCGAGGUGUGGCGAGGCUCCGAGCGUGCCGUAGGGGAGAGUGAGAAGAUGAUGGAUCUGCUGAUGCAGUGGGGUCAGACGAGACCUGAGGUUCGGUUCUUCCUCCGUCACGGCAGAGCAUCAUCAGACUCCAGGAGUCAGAAGAGGACCGGCGUGAAGAAACCCUCCGACAGACGCGCGGAGAACGGGGUGAGCGGCCCGCGGAUGGACCUGACGCUAGCGGAGCUGCAGGAGAUGGCGGCUAAACAACAGCGUCAGAUCGACGCGCAGCAGCAGCUCCUGGCCUCAAAGGAGCAGCGUGUGGCUCUCCUGAGGCAGCAGGAGCUCCGGCAUCAGCAGGCGAGGUCUGAGCAGCAGAAGCUCCAGCACCUGAGGAGCGCGGUGGAGAAGCAGGAGGAGCAGCUGAAGGCGGUGCGGGCGCUGAAGGGCCAGGUCGAGCAGAAGCGCAUCAGCAACGGCAAACUGGUGGAGCAGGUGGAGCAGAUGAACGCGCUGCUCCUCCAGAAGCAGAAGGAGCUGGUGAUGGCCGUGUCCAGAGUGGAGGAUCUGAGUAAACAGCUGGAGAGCCUGAAACUGGGGCCGACGGACUCGCUCCACAGAGACCCGAGCUCCGGGGCCGAGCUGGACCGACUCUACAGGGACCUGCAGAUGAGGAAGAACAUGAACCUGGAGCAGAACAGCAGACUACAGCAGCAGAGAGAGAACCUGAACAAGAGGAACCACGAGGUGGCCAACAUGGACAAGCGAGUGAACGAACUGCGAGACCGCCUGUGGAAGAAGAAGGCGGCGCUACAGCAGAAGGAGAACCUUCCUUGUCCUCCCGACGGCCAGCCGGCUCCGCCUACAGGAGUGUCCCGUGUGGCGGCCGUGGGCCCCUACAUCCAGUCCUCCACGAUGCCCCGGGGCUCCAGCAAACAGGACCUGCUCAUCAAACACGCUUACCCAGAAGGCAGUGCAACGGUCCCGCAUCAGGAGAAGAGCGCUCAUCCCGCAGCAGCUGAUGCCAGGAUCCGCAGCCGGAGAGAGAGCGGCGCCCGCACCGGUCUGCCCUCAGCUAAAGUGUCCUCGAAGGGGUCGAACUGGAGUUCGGCGAAGUCCUCCAUUAAUAACGGGUCCACCAGUCUCCCCCGCUCGCUGACCCAGGCAUCUAAUAACCCAGAUAAAGCCGAGGUGCAGAAGCGGGACCCCAGGGUGCGGCCGGCCUCCAUGUUCGAGUCCAUCGAAGCGCCUGUAGCUUCUCUACGCAAGAACCAGAGCAGCGAAGACCUCGCCAGAGACGCACAGAACGCCGUCAAGAACACGGUCAAGGUUCCUCCUCCGGUUCCCAGUAAACCCAAGACGGGCCUGAACGCCGGGACCUUCCCAGGCAAGAGUAAGCCCAGCCCGCAGCCACCCACCGGUUCCCAGCAUGCUUUAGCACAGGGCAGUACUCUACCCCUCCCCUCGAAGCCCGAGGCUCCCCCGGCCGCCACCGUACACCCCUUCACCCCCGACCCUCCCGGGGUCAAAGAGGUCCUGCUGAAGCCCCAGAUGCUGGCCACCAGCUCCAUCUACAGCAUGUACACGCAGCAGGGCGUGACGGGAGCGCUGGGCCGAGCGCAGACCCGCGGCAGCAACUUCAUCAGCGUUUACGGGAAGCCAAUGACGUCCACAGGCCAGCCGUCUCAAAACCAGCUCCCCGAGAACCCGUACCUGGACCCGCCCAGUGCCCCCGAGGUGGAGAAGGACCACAGUCCCGCUCCCGAAACCCAGGAGCCCGAGCGCACUCCCAGACCCCUCAGUCCCACCAAGCUCCUGCCCUUCAUCUCGAACCCCUACCGCCACCAGAGCGACGUGGACCUGGAGGCUCUCCGCAAGAGACUGUACAACGCGCCGCGACCCCUGAAGAAGCGCAGCUCCAUCACGGAGCCCGAGGGCCCCGGCGGCCCCAACAUUCAGAAGCUCCUGUACCAGAAGACCACUCUGGCCGCGAUGGAGACCACAGCGAGUCCUGUGGGAGACGAGGAGAAGGAGGCGCCAGCAGGAGCUGAGGGAGCGUCACUCCAGGGGCCGAAACCGCCAGAAACCGAAGCAGAGAACGUCCCUCCUCCUCCGCCGCCGCCUCCACACCCGGCUCCACAACCCCACGCUGCGAUCCCCCCUCCACCUCCGGCUCCGCAACCCCUCGACGCGAUCUCCCCUCCACCUCCUCAGCCGGCCAGCCCUCCUCCUCCUCCUCCUCCUCCUCCGCCUGCUGAGAUCCCCAUUGAAGACUUCCCUCCGUAUCCUCCUCCUCCCUAUCCCAGCGGAGCCGAGCAGGAGCCCCCAGAAGACACCUUCAGCAUGAAGCCCCCGGAGGUCACCGGACAGGUUCGCUUUCCACCCGGGAAGAGGACGAACCUGCGCAAGGCCGGAUCGGAGCGCAUCGAGCACAGCAUGAGAGUGCACUUCAAUCCUCUGGCUCUCCUGCUGGACUCGUCUCUGGAGGGAGAGCUGGAUCUGGUGCAGCGCAUCAUUCACGAGGUGGAGGACCCGAGUCAGCCGAACGACGAGGGCAUCACUGCGCUCCACAACGCUGUGUGUGCCGGUCACACCGAGAUCGUGAGGUUCCUGGUUCAGUACGGAGUCAGUGUGAACGCGGCGGACAGCGACGGAUGGACUCCCCUGCACUGCGCGGCCUCCUGUAAUAACGUGUCGGUGUGUAAGUUCCUGGUGGAGUCUGGGGCCGCUGUGUUCGCCAUGACCUACAGCGACAUGCAGACGGCAGCGGACAAGUGUGAGGAGAUGGAGGAGGGAUACACACAGUGCUCGCAGUUCCUCUACGGCGUGCAGGAGAAGAUGGGCAUCAUGAACCGAGGCGUGGUGUACGGCCUGUGGGACUACGAGAGCGAGGAGGAGGACGAGCUGAGCUUCAGAGAGGGCGACAGCAUGAGUGUGGUCCGCAGGGAGGACGAGGACGAGACCGAGUGGUGGUGGGUGCGCAUGGGCAACAGAGAGGGGUACGCCCCCCGAAACCUGCUGGGGUUGUAUCCCAGAAUCAAACCUCGGCACAGGAGUCUGGCGUAACUGAGCGAAGACUUCAUCAUCAUCAUCAAUCAUCAUCAUCAUCAGUGCUAGUGAACCUCUUCAUCACGCUUUUACUUCAGUCCUGUUGGAUGUUACUGUGAUUCUCAUUCUUUCUGUCUCUUUGCACAAUAUGAUUGAGUAGAAUUAGCUGAAUAGAAUGAACUUUAUAUUUGUAUAUCAAGACUUUUUUCACUUAAAUGUAUUUUCACAGGCUAUUUUGGCCUGUAUAUUUUGUAUUCCGUGCUUUAUUGAAGGAUUUUUGGAGACAAGCCGAUCUUGGACAAUAUUUUGAUGUUUUUGUCAUAUGAACUGAAAUGUAAAUGUAUUUGUUGAAGCAUGCUGGGAAAGUGGGGUUAUUACCAUGAAUUUCUGUCUUGAUUAUGAACGUUCAUCGAGACUGGAGAUUUUAUUAUGCAUUCCUUUCUUCUGUUCAUCAAACAAACCUGUUUUUUUACAUCUUUAGACUCUGUUAUUUGACAAACCAGCUGGAGGUGAAUUUUAACGUGAUCAAAGAAUAAAAAGCCACUGAACAGUU